CUGACCAGUGGGCUUUGUCAGUAUGGCACCAGUGUUGACUGCUGCUGGGGAUGGGCACGAGUUUCCUGGGGACAGUGCAAACCUGUGUGCCAGGCUGGCUGUAAGCAUGGAGAGUGUGUUGGACCGGAUAAGUGCCACUGCCACCCAGGCUACAUGGGCAAGACUUGUAAUCAGGACGUGAAUGAGUGUGGUCUUAAGCCUCGGCCCUGUAAACACAGAUGUAUGAACACUAUCGGAAGUUAUAAGUGCUACUGUCUGAAUGGCUACAUGCAGAUGCCUGAUGGAACCUGCAGAAAUGCCCGCACCUGUGCGAUGGCAAACUGUCAGUACGGUUGUGAGGUCAUGAAGGGUGAGGUGAGGUGUCAGUGUCCGUCUCCAGGGUUACGGCUGGGGCCAGACCGCAGGACCUGUGUGGAUAUCGAUGAGUGUAUGUCAGGAAAGGCCAAAUGUCCGAGAUUCAGGAAAUGUGUUAACACCUUUGGGAGUUAUAUCUGCAAAUGUCAUGUGGGCUUUGACCUGCAUUAUGUCAAUGGGAAAUACCAAUGCGUUGACCAAAAGGACCGCUCCAUCUGCUAUGAAAAACCUGGCUCCAGAAAGUGUAAAUGUAAAGUGAGCGCUAACGGGAGGGGUUAUGAUUGCAAACCCAUAAUCAAGGUGACUGUUGAACCUCCUAGACCGGAGAAAACCACCGUCAGGCCGACUACCAGUGUUAACAUCCCUACAACAUAUAGAUCAACAACAAUUACAAGUACAACAGCAAGAUCUCCCACCACAGCCAGACCCACGACCACAACACCCACUCCUACAACCACCACCAUCCCAACAACCAAUCCUACGACAACCAUCACUACAACAGCCAUUCCUACCACAACUACCACACCAACAACCACUAAAAUGACAACCACCAUCCCAACAACAACCACCGCUGUCAUGACAGCAAUUCCAACGACAACAUCAACCACCACUAUCACCACAACAGAGUUGCCAACGACAAGUACACAAAGGACCACAACUACAACUGUUGCUACAACAACCCCUGAGUUGAUUCUCACAACAACCACCGCGGCUACAAGAGCCAUUCCAGCCACUACCACUGUAGCAACAACGAGUCUGCCCACGACCUCCAUAACGCCGACAGGCAGCACUACUCUAGACAACCGCAUCCAGAAGGAGAUCACCGCAAGACCCAGGGGAGAUGUUCACAUUCCUCGCAAUCCUGGACAGAACAAUCUGUUUGAUUUGGAUUUUGAUAUAGAGCUGGGAAACACUGCAGAUUAUGCGCGGGAUGAGCCAGAUGCAGGUUCCUUGAGAUGCUCAUUUGAUCGGGGUGUGUGUUCCUGGCUGACUGACCAAGAGGGAGAUGUACGCUGGGAAACUAAAGAGGAUCCAGCAGGUGGGCGGUACCUUACAAUACCUGAGGCGGUGAUUGGGCGGAGUGUCCGGGGUGCGAGACUAACGUUGCCCCUAACAUCACUCAACAGUCCACCGUGGCAGGUUGGGAAUCUGUGCCUGUCAUUCCGGCACCACCUCCACGGCCAUCACGUUGGCUCCCUACAGCUGUUUGUCAGGAAAGGGCGUGGCCAAAGCCCUGCCAUCUGGACUAGGACUGGCGGACACGGCUGGAGACACACCCAAAUCACAUUGUGGGGGCGGGGACUCAACAGUGUGGUUCUGAAAGGUGAGAGAAGGAGGGGGAGAAAAGGAGAGAUCGCCAUCGACGACUUCAGCGUACGCCAAGGACCCUGCCAUGAUCUCCAUAACCCAAGGAAGGAGUAA